ACGACGAAAGGGAGCUGCACGCGAGUUGAGCUGUGACACAGGACCGUGUUUGAGAAUGAAUCCGGGACACAUCAAAGAUGAGGACAGCCUUGAGCAAGACUGGUUCCUGUCCCAAACGGAGGACGGGGAGGAUCCUGAACUGGAAUCUGAAACGCACCCCUCGAACGAGAGCGUGCCGGAAAUAAUCUGCAUCAAAGAAGAGGAGGAGUCGGAUUCAGAAACCGUCUCUGAACCCCGGGCAGCCUUCCCGGACCGGACCGCGGACAGAACCCUUCCGUGCUCCCUGCAGGAAAGCCCAGCUCCCUAUGCCCCUCAGCGCCCCAAAACUCUCACCCCCCGGGAACGCAAGCGCAAAUUCACCCGACGCGAGCUGAGUGUGAUCGUCCAGGGGGUGCUGGCGAAGACGGAGGCGCUGUUCGGAAAAAACAAAGAGGCGCUGGCCGUCAGGAAGAGGGUGUGGCAGGACAUGGCCAACCAGGUGAACGCUCUGGGCGGGCCGUGCAAGAGGAGCUGGCACGACGUUCAGAAAAGGUUCUACAUGUACCGCAUGGGCGUGAAGCAGAAGGCGCUGGCACUCAGGUCGGCUCAGAGGGGAGGGGCCGGGGCCAAGCCCCCCCCCGGCCAGGAUCUGACCCCAAUGACCCUGGAGGAGGUGCGGAUCCUGGCCACGUGGAGCGCCAGUGCGCUGGAGAAGGGGCGGGAUGGCAACAGCAGGGAGCAACCAGUCCCCCAGGCUGCCUCCUCCUCCUCCUCCUUCCCCUGCCUGCCUGCUCCGCCUCUCCGUCGCCCGGACCCGGACGCAGAUGAACAGAGGUUCCCUAGCAACACCAGAACCCCCCCUGGCCUGGCCCCGCCCCCUCUGGCAUCUUCAUCGACCCCGCAACCCAGACCCUGCCCGCGGGGAGCCGGGAUCCCCCAGAGGAACCCUCUCCACCACCCCAGGGAGCCACCAGCCCCUGCGGCUCCUUCCGCGCGCUGCGGCAGACUCUACAGCCACAGCACAGCCACGAUGAGCUCUCCCUCCCUCCCUUCCCAGACCCCCAGACCCUCCCCUCACCCCCCGUCCAGCCUGCGCCCCUUGAUGGCGGGCCGGCCCCCGCCUGCUGGCCCUCUCGGACCCUCGGGCCCCCAGCCCCCCUCCCUGGACGCCCUCGCCCAGGUCCAGACCUCUCUCUCCCAGCUGCUGCAGGGCCAGGCGGAGCAGGCUCGCGGAGUGGCGCUAAUGCAGCAGCGGAUGGAGGGCCACAUGGCUUCCAUGUCAAACUCCUUGGCCGUUCUGGCCGCUGUCCUGCCCGACGUGGUGCGGGCCCUCGAGGGACUGGGGUCCGGCAUGGGGAAGCUGGCCGGGAGACUGCCUCCCGCUUCCGCUCCCCACCCUCCUCCUCCUCCUCCUCCUCCUGCUGCUGCUGCUGCUGCUGCUGCUGCGCCCCCACAAGUGGUGUCUUCAUCCGGGCAGGCGGGAGGUCCCAGGCUGGGUUAUUCAGCAGCUGAAGACUCAGAGUUUCGCUCUCUCCAGCAGUAGUUGAGGUAGUGUAUCGAGCAUCAAAAGAAACUCAACACUAAUACAACACAAUUACUUUUCAAAAUAAAAUAUGAUAUAAAAGUGAUGGACAUUGACAAAAUGUUUUUGGUUUUAAUCCCGCGAUCGUUCAUCCUGGCCCAUGACAGGUUUGAGUGACUGACUGAAGCUCUUAAUCACCUAAUUAGUGAGACAGUUGAUUGGACGCUGGAUACGGAGCGAUUUCAGCCAUUGAAUUGCAAGCUUCAAUAAAAAAAAAAACACAGAAAAAAAAAUCGCCUUCGUGCGAUCGGCAUGUUGGGGGCUGGACUGUGCCUCGCUGUCUUGGGCGCUCGCGGCCAGCGAUUUCAAACCCGGCAAGACGGUGUAACCAGACUCGCUCUGUCAAUGACAGGCCACCAAAACCGGGACACCGAGAGUCACGACACCUGCCCGGGAUCGAUGGUUCAUUCUGCAGCAUCUUCAUGAUGUCGGUUAUUAAUCUGCACGAUAAAAAGUCACGGCGCCGGCUCUGAAACAGAGUUUGUCAUUUUUAGAUCACAGCUAGUGAAUUUUAUCCAAAAAUAAGAGAUCAGUUUCUUUUGAUGCUAAGUAUGAGAACCUGGCCCACAGUCUGCGCAAGCUGGUGCUGAGCGCAGAGACAGAUUACAGGGACUGGAGGACCCGGCCAUCAUGAGAGCCGGGCUGCAGCAGCACAAGAGGGCGCCCCUGCAGGUGAGGAGGAGUCAUUGCGCCUGCAAAAUAUAUAUCCAGAUAAAGCUGAAGCGCUAACGGAUAACGAGACAGCACAUCUGCACAGCCCUGAAACACGAGGCUUAAAAAAACACCGGACUGAACCUCGUCUUCUUUAAUAUCAGCAUCGCGAUGGGGUCCUCGGAUUAGAAAAAAAUAAGAC